AUUAACAGGAAGAAGAUGAGUCUUAAGUCUGAACGCCGAGGAAUUCAUGUGGAUCAAUCAGAGCUCCUAUGCAAGAAAGGAUGUGGUUAUUACGGCAACCCUGCUUGGCAGGGUUUCUGCUCCAAGUGCUGGAGGGAGGAGUACCACAAAGCCAGGCAGAAGCAGAUUCAGGAGGAUUGGGAACUAGCAGAGCGACUACAGCGGGAGGAAGAAGAGGCCUUUGCCAGCAGUCAGAGCAGCCAAGGAGCCCAAUCCCUCACAUUUUCCAAGUUUGAAGAAAAGAAAACCAAUGAGAAGACCCGCAAGGUUACCACAGUGAAGAAAUUCUUCAGUGCUUCAUCCAGGGUUGGAUCAAAGAAGGAAAUUCAGGAACCAAAAGCUCCCAGUCCUUCUAUAAACCGGCAAACCAGCAUUGAAACGGAUAGAGUGUCUAAAGAGUUCAUAGAAUUUCUCAAGACCUUCCACAAGACAGGCCAAGAAAUCUAUAAGCAGACCAAGCUGUUUUUGGAAACAAUGCAUUACAAAAGGGAUUUAAGCAUUGAGGAACAGUCAGAGUGUACUCAGGAUUUUUACCAGAAUGUGGCUGAGAGAAUGCAGACUCGUGGAAAAGUGCCUCCAGAAAGAGUUGAGAAGAUAAUGGAUCAGAUUGAAAAGUACAUCAUGACUCGUCUCUAUAAAUAUGUGUUCUGUCCAGAAACUACUGAUGAUGAGAAGAAAGAUCUCGCUAUUCAAAAAAGGAUCAGAGCCCUGCACUGGGUUACACCUCAGAUGCUUUGUGUCCCUGUUAAUGAAGAAAUUCCAGAAGUGUCUGAUAUGGUGGUGAAAGCAAUUACAGAUAUCAUUGAAAUGGAUUCUAAGCGUGUGCCCCGGGAUAAGUUGGCCUGCAUCACCAAGUGCAGCAAGCAUAUCUUCAAUGCCAUCAAGAUCACCAAGAACGAGCCAGCUUCAGCUGAUGACUUCUUACCCACUCUCAUCUACAUUGUUUUGAAGGGCAACCCCCCACGCCUUCAGUCCAAUAUCCAGUAUAUCACCCGCUUCUGCAACCCAAGCCGAUUGAUGACUGGAGAGGAUGGCUACUAUUUCACCAACCUGUGUUGUGCCGUGGCUUUCAUUGAGAAAUUAGACGCUCAGUCUUUGAAUUUAAGUCAGGAAGAUUUUGAUCGAUACAUGUCUGGCCAGACUUCUCCCAGGAAGCAGGAAUCUGAGAAUUGGUCUCCUGAUGCUUGCUUAGGUGUUAAGCAGAUGUAUAAGAAUUUGGAUCUCCUGUCUCAAUUGAAUGAACGGCAGGAAAGGAUUAUGAAUGAAGCCAAGAAGCUUGAGAAAGACCUAAUAGAUUGGACGGAUGGAAUCGCAAAAGAGGUUCAAGACAUUGUUGAGAAAUACCCGCUUGAAAUUAGGCCCCCAAAUCAGUCUUUAGCUUCUAUUGACUCUGAAAAUGUUGAAAAUGAUAAACUUCCUCCACCAUUGCAACCUCAAGUUUAUGCAGGAUGAUGAAAAUUUACAUGGAUAGUAUUUAUUUGAGCCUAAAUUAUAGCCAGCCCUUACUACAGUCCACUGAUUGGGGUCUAGAGUAUAACUUAAUUGCUUAUAAAUAUCAGAGCAUUUUUAAAGGUACAGUUUGUGGGGAUUGUUUUGUUCAUUUUGUUUUGUUUUUCCUGUCUGGGGAGACUUAGUAAAAAAUGCACUAUUUAUUUGAGUCACUGAAUAGAUUCAUUUAAGACUUGUUUGAAAGUUUUGUCUGCAAAUCUGUUUUUUCUCCAUGAUUUUCCUACAUGCUUUCUCUGUGGCAUUCAGUGGGUUUUGGAUUUGGUUAAAUAAUUGCCUUUUAAAGGAUAAAACAAAUGAAUGCUACAAAAAUGUAUGUUUAAGAAAAUACAACGGUACCACUGUUCUACAGUUUAAAAUAAUUUUAUAAUUGUAAAGAUAGAAGAUAUAUUGCUAAGUAAAUAUGUAAAAUUGUAAAUAUGUAAAAAAAAAGGAAUGGUGUCUGCUGUGCAUGGCAUUUCAUGUGUUAAUUUUUUUUUUUUUAGUUUAAAAUGAAGUAUAUUGAAUGUUUGCCUUUAACACCAUUUUAUUUGGUUUGCCCCACCAAAAUGAAUCUAGAAGUAUUUAGACAUACUCCCCUAAAAUGUUAACUCCAUCGUUACAAUGUGUUAGCCCUAACUUUGAGGUCCUGUACAGUCAGAGAAUGUGACACUAUUGAGGUUGAGGAUACUGUUUAGGUCAUGUAAAGUUACUGAAGUAACUUGUCAAUUUAAGGCUGAACCAUGCUGUUGGCACCUCUUUCCUCCUUUCAUUCAGCAAACAAAUAUUUACUGAGCUCUUGGUAAGGAAGGUGGCCCUGGGUCUGGGUCAGAAGACAGGACUGAAUAGGUCUCUGCAGAUGAGAGCUGAUGGGGAAUCCCUCUGAGCUUUAAAGUGCAGGGGGGCUUUCUGCCUCUAUGGUGUAAUUUUGAUUUUAUGGACAACCCAGACACACAUCAUAUAAGCCUCUUUCAGGAUUUCUCAACCUCAGUACUAUUUGGAGCCUGAGGACUUUUUUGUUUGAGUGCCGCCCCAUGCAUUGUAGAGUGUUUAGCGGUGUCCCUGACCUCUACACCCACUAGAUGCUAGUAGCAACCCCCCCAGUUGUGAAAAAUCGUCUCCAGACAUUGCCAAAUGUCUCCUGGGGGACAGAAUUGCCCCCAGUUAGGAACUACUGAUCUACUCUGUAAGCAAAGGAGUUUUCCUCCUGGUGGGUAAUAUGAUGUAACCAAAGAAUAUUGCACUAAAUGCACAGUAUAACGUGAACUGAUGGCUUAUUCAGUGAGGCUUUACAGCCCCUGGCAGCGUGGAGCCUUUUCUAAUCCUAAUGGAACCUUUCAUAACCUAAAUACAGCAUUAUGAUCCUCCUUGCAUUCAGUGAUUUCUACAGAUUCUCAGUGUACUUGUGAAAUUGUAAUUCCCAGGGCACCAUUUUUGAACAAGAUCACAUCACACAAGCAGUUAAGAAAGCUUCCUUUGCUUUUCCAGUAUCUUUCUAAUGGUGUACCACAAAUCUGUAGUGCAGUAGUUUUGGAAUAAAACUGGGGUGGGUAUAAAACUUUUUACCCUUUACUUAAAUUAACAUAUAAAAUCCAUCACGUUGACACAUCUAUUGUCCUAAAGCACUGAAGACAUGAAGCAGUUAACUGAGUCAGCUGAUAGAUAGCCAAGCUGACUUGGAAUGUAAUGAGUUACCAUCAAAUACAGGGAGAAUCUGCUCAUAGAAACCUGGGCCCAGAUUGUCUUUGUAGAAAGCUUUCCUCUUUUUUCUUUUCUAUGUACUUUCUAGGUGCUAAUCCAGGUAUACACACUCUUAAUUCUCCUGGGAAUAUACCGUUCUUUUAGUCGUUGUAUAUUAUGUUUGUUAAAUAAAAUGCUUAUCAGCCUCCCCAAAAA